AUGGCCGAAUUAAAGAAAUCUAAAGCUCUUUUUGAGAUUCAAAAUGGACCUACCUUUUUGGGCACUUCCUUUGGUGCUGAGAAAUCUAUUGCUGGCGAAGUAGUAUUCACUACUUCCCUUGUAGGUUAUCCAGAAUCAAUGACCGAUCCUUCCUAUACUGGUCAGAUAUUAGUCUUUACCCAACCUUUGAUUGGAAAUUACGGUGUUCCUUCAGGCAACGCUCGUGAUGAAUUUAAUCUGCUAAAAUACUUCGAAUCACCACACGUUCAUGUGACUGGUAUCAUCGUUUCUGAAUAUUCAUAUCAAUAUUCUCAUUGGACAGCUGUUGAGUCAUUGGCCAAUUGGUGUCAAAGAGAAGGUGUCGCUGCAAUUACUGGCGUCGACACUAGAGAAAUCGUUCAAUACUUGAGAGAGGAAGGUUCCUCUCUAGGAAGAAUUACAAUUGAUGAUCAAAACCCAAUCCCUUAUUCAGAUCCAAUGAAGACCAAUUUGGUUGCUAAAGUCACUACAAAAGAACCAUAUUACAUCAAAUCAUUGAAUCAUACAUGCACAGUCGCAUUGAUUGAUUGCGGUGUUAAAGAAAAUAUUAUUAGAUGUUUAGUAUCAAGAGGUGCUAAUGUUGUCGUUUUGCCCUACGAUUAUAAAAUCCAAGAUGUGGCCACUCAAUUCGAUGGUGUUUUCAUUUCAAAUGGCCCAGGUGAUCCAAGAUUCUGUACUACCACUAUCGAAAACUUGAAGCAAUUAUUAGCUGAUCAAAAAUCUAUAAAUUUACCUAUCUUUGGUAUUUGUUUAGGUCACCAACUGCUAGCAUUGGCCUCUGGUGCAACAACUGAAAAAUUGAAAUACGGUAACAGAGCACAUAAUAUUCCUGCAAUGGAUUUAACAACAGGUAAAUGUUAUAUCACUUCACAAAACCAUGGAUAUGCCGUCAAUGUAGACACUUUACCAAACGAUAAAUGGCUGCCAUAUUUCAUUAACUUGAAUGAUCAUUCGAAUGAAGGUAUGAUUCAUAAAUUUAGACCUAUUUUCUCAACGCAAUUCCAUCCAGAAGCUAAAGGUGGUCCUCAAGACACCGAAGUAUUAUUCAACAAAUAUUUUGAAAACAUUAAAACUUAUCAGAAACAGCAAUCUGCAUAUUUGAAACUUAAAUCUUCAGAAUCAACUAUAGAAAUCGAAUCACUACCAAAGGAAAGAGUAACAGUAGCUUAA